CCGAAACAUGACGGAGCAAAUUGAGCUUUUUUAGUAAGCAAGAAAAGUUCGGUUGUAAUAAUUGUUUAAGUUACUUUAAAAUACAAUAAUAUACGUUUAAUUCAGUUUAUCUGCUUCAAUUGUAUUGAAAUACUGCGGGAAUAUCGCUUGGUGCAUUGAAAGACCUCAAGAAAAAUGAGUGAAUCAAAAGCCGAACCUAUAAAGGUGGAAUCAAAAGCAAAUGAUGACAAAAAUAAGAACGAACUUUCGGAUGAAGAUAAGCAACUUCAAGAGGAAUUGAACUUGUGCGUGGAAAAGUUACAAGAAAAUGACAGUAAACUUUAUAUGCCCGCAUUGCAAGCUUUGGGCAACCACAUUCGGGCCUCGACUACUUCUAUGACGUCCGUGCCCAAACCACUGAAGUUCAUGAAACCUCAUUACGAUACGAUGAAAACGAUCUUCGAGAAAAUUACCGAGGCCCCAGUUAAAUGUCUCUGCGCAGAUAUUAUUUCCGUACUAGCUAUGACUAUGGGAGAAGGAAGGGACUGCUUAAAGUACAGGCUACUCUCCGAUUUGGACAAAAUCGGUGAAUGGGGCCACGAAUAUGUCAGACAUUUGGCUGGAGAAAUUGCUGGUGAAUGGGCCGAAACCGAUUUCUUAAUAAACACAGAAGUUAGAGAUAAGCUCAUAUUAUUAACGAAACAGAUCGUUCCUUAUAAUAUGGCCCAUAAUGCUGAAGCUGAAGCUUGUGAUUUGUUGAUGGAAAUCGAAAGACUAGACUUGCUCGAACAAUAUGUGGAUGAAAACAUUUACCCUAGGGUUUGCUUGUAUCUUACAAGCUGUGUGCCUUACGUAGCUGAUCCAGAAAAUACCACUCUUCUUCAAACUGCUUUGAUGCUAUUCAGGAAAUUCAAGCAGUACCCUCAAGCUCUUCGAUUGGCUAUGCAACUGAACGAUCACAGUCUCAUUGAAGAAAUAUUCCUAAACUGUCCCGAUACUGAUGUGCAGAAACAGUUGGCAUUCAUGUUGGGUAGGCAGCAGAUUUACAUCGAAGUACCCGACACCACACCGGAAUAUGAAGACCUCAUUGAAAUAAUGGCGAAUUGUCAUCUAAACAACCACUUUUUGAAUCUUGCACGCGAAUUGGAUAUAAUGGACCCGAAGACCCCAGAAGAUGUCUACAAAUCCCACUUGGAAAACAGCCGUCCCCCAUUCGGUGGAAGCCAAGUUGAUUCUGCCAGACAGAACUUGGCUGCGAGUUUUGUAAACGGUUUCGUAAAUGCCGCUUUCGGGCAAGACAAACUCUUGAUGGAAGAUGGAAAUAAAUGGCUCUACAAGAACAAAGAGCACGGUAUGCUGAGCGCUACUGCCUCAUUGGGUUUAGUUCUAUUAUGGGACGUUGAUGGAGGUCUUACGCCUAUUGAUAAAUACUUAUAUUCCUCUGAAGAUCACAUUAAAUCCGGAGCUCUGUUGGCUUGCGGUAUCGUCAAUUGUGGAGUCAGGAAUGAAUGUGAUCCCGCAUUGGCCCUGUUGAGUGACUAUGUCCUUCAUAGCACGAAUAUAAUGAGGAUAGGUGCUAUCGUGGGUCUUGGAUUAGCUUAUGUUGGAUCUAACAGAGAAGCAGUUUUAAGCUUACUGACUCCUGUCUUCUCCGAUCCGAAAUCCAAUAUGGAGGUUAUCGGUAUGUCAGCACUAGCUUGCGGAAUGAUCGCAGUGGGAUCUGGAAAUCUUCAAGUCACCACCACAAUUAUGCAGACGUUAAUGGAAAAAUCGGAAUCUGAACUGAAAGAUACUUACGCUAGAUUCUUGCCUUUGGGUCUCGGUCUGUGUAUGUUGGGCAAACAAGAAGGUAUCGAUUCCAUAAUUGCCGCGUUGGAAGUUAUACCGGAGCCUUUUAAAUCUAUGGCAACUACUAUGGUCGACAUUUGCGCUUACGCCGGUACUGGCAACGUGCUUAAAGUUCAACAUUUACUUCACAUUUGCUCCGAACAUUACGAUGGCAGUGACAGCACAGACAAGAGCUCUAAAGAUAAGGACAAAAAAGACGCCGCGGAGAAGGAGAAAGACCUUUCCUCGAGACAAGCAGUGGCCGUACUCGGUAUAGCUUUGAUCAGCAUGGGCGAAGAUAUUGGUAGCGAAAUGGCCUUCCGCACCUUCGGGCAUUUGUUGCGCUACUGCGAACCAGUGAUUAGAAGAGCAGUACCGUUAGCUUUAGGACUUAUUUCAGUAUCGAAUCCUAAAUUGAGCAUCCUCGACACUUUGAGUAAAUUCUCGCACGAUAGUGACGCGGAAGUAGCCCACAAUGCCAUAUUUGCCAUGGGUUUAGUUGGAGCGGGUACGAAUAACGCAAGAUUGGCCGCGAUGCUGAGGCAAUUGGCGCAGUAUCACGCUAAAGAUCCGAACAACCUGUUUAUGGUUCGCAUUGCUCAGGGUCUAACACAUUUAGGCAAAGGAACGUUGACGUUGAGUCCUUAUCACAGCGACCGUCAACUCAUGAGUCCUGUAGCAGUUGCAGGAUUAAUGGCUACACUCGUUGGGUUUUUGGAUGUUAAAAAUAUUAUUUUGGGAAGAUCGCAUUAUCUCCUAUACACUUUAGCAGCGGCUAUGCAACCUAGGAUGCUUGUGACAUUCGAUGAAGAUUUGAAUCCAUUGCCGGUACCUGUGAGAGUGGGAUUGGCUGUUGAUGUAGUUGGUCAAGCUGGUAAACCAAAAACUAUAACAGGUUUUCAAACACAUACCACUCCCGUUCUUCUUGCUUAUGGUGAAAGAGCUGAACUGGCUACUGAAGAAUACCUAGCCCUCACUCCGAUUAUGGAAGGUUUCGUUAUAUUGAGAAAAAAUCCCGACUUCAAUGCAUAAGUUUUGAAUAUAGACUUAAGAAUUAUUUAUAAAUCAUAUAGUCCAGCGAGCUGUUUUAUAACGAAUAAUUACGUUGUGUUUUUUAGUUAUUAUUCAGUGAAAACUAAAUAUUGUAUUUCUAAAUAAAAAUUAAAAUAUUUUUAAAUGUUUA